CUCUUUGCUGUGGUGAAUGGAAACGCGCCGGUACCCCCAAAGCCAGCCCUCCAAUUGGCCCAUCCAAUUUAUCCCCAGAUAUGGGCUUGAUAAUCUAGUAACCUUGAUGAACGCUCCGAUGUUUUGCCAUUUCUUCAAUCACGAAUCCACUGACGCCAUUUUUAAAUACCGGUUGACGAUAGCCGGUUCUGUGUAACUCCGUGUUUUGUAUACACCAGUUAUUUUUAUUAAACGAAUAAUUGUGGUUACGCAUGACUGCAACAAGCAACUAUUACCAUUGAUAAUUGUUGGUGAUCGAUAGUAGCUUGUAGUGGAUGAAUUUUAUUGACUCGAGGGGUAAUAUUUAAAGAUAACGGGGCGAGUGAAAAAUGCCAAGCUAUUGGUGAUGCCUGUUUGGUUAGAAUGAUAUACAACAGUUCUGGCAAAUUGUAUAUUGGCGUUGUUCAUUGGGCUGUUUGUCGAGGGUGAUAAUGAGUGGAGAAACGAGGAGGGGUAGCAGGUCGGAGGAUAGAACCAGGGAGAAAAGGAUAAGGGAUGUGAGGAGAAGUAUAUCAGGAUCGAGUGAGAAUGGCACGCGCUCACGCUCCAGAAAUACUCCAGGUAAGGAGAAGAGGAAUAGAUCGACGAGACAGAGAAGAGCGAGUUCUUCUCAGUCUGGAGAUGCAUCAAGUGGAUCGAGUCCUGAACGUAAGAGAGGUGAACGUGAUUCUGGGGGUAGAAAUCGGGAUUAUCGAAAUGGUGUGAGACAAAUGCAUCAGGAUAAUACCAAUAAUCGGGGUGGUGGGUUUAGAAAACGGAGGCAUUCACCGGGACAGAUUAAUUGGCAGAGAGAGCAGCUUGAUAAACGUCGACAGAUGUCUUCCAGGGGUCACUUCCAGGCACCGAGGUUUGAUAAUAGGCAGGACAACAGGUUUAGGAACAAUUCGUUUGGGCGUUUUCGGGACAGAAACUGGAAGAAUCAGAAUCAGAGGAAUUUUCGAUUCAAUGAUAGAAAUCGGGAGAGAUUUCAGGAGAGGAAUAAUGAACGAGGGGGGCAGAAUCGAAGGAAUCGAGGAGGACUGGUGGGUGAGGAGUUGGGGGUUAAUGAUGGUGGGAAGAAUAAUAAAGAGGCUUCGGCUUGGAAUUUAGAGAGUCCUGAGAGGAAGAGGGACAAGGAGAGGGGAGCACUGCCUAAGGCUGAGGAUCCCGUUGUUUCGGUUUCGCCUGAUGCCUAUAGGAACAGGAGCAACAGCCCAGCGAAGAAGAAGAGGGAGAAGGAGAAGCUCAAUCGAUCAAGAUCCUCGUCUUCGUCGUCGUCCUCGAGUGAAUCGAGCUCGAGUAGCUCCAGUACUUCGUCCUCCAGCAGCUCAUCCACCAGCAGCUCCUCCUCAAGUAGCUCGGAUCGGGAUAAAAAACGUAAGAAGAAGAAGAAGCUCUCCAAGAAGGCGAAGAAGGCUGAGAAGAAGCGGAAGGAGAAGAAGAAAAAAUUGAAGAAGAAACAGAAGAAGAAGAUGAUGAAGGCUGCUAAGGAGAAAAAAACAUCCGGGACUGAGAAAAAAUCGGGCAAAGAUCGUUUGAUCAAGGAUAUCACCCUGGAGAUGUCAGAGAAAUCAAAAUCUAUGGCACCUAUGACCAAGGAAGAGUGGGACAAACGACAGAGUGUCAUUCGCAGAGUUUAUGAUGAGGAGACUGGUCGUCAUAGAUUGGUGAAAGGAGACGGUGAAAUCAUGGAGGAAAUUGUUACCAAGGAUCGCCACAAAGAGAUCAAUCGACAAGCAACACGUGGCGAUGGUGAAUAUUUUCAAUCACGUUUGAGAACAAAUAAAUGACUUAAUUCUCUUUGUAACGAAUUAUUAUUACCUAAGGAUGAAACAAGAUAUGAAACAUUAUCGUGUAAUUACAAUGUUGUUCCAAUCA